UCGGCAUCGGUUAUCUACUCGGCGGUUGACGCUACGGACUGCGUUGCUGGGUCACCACGACUCUCCCGCGAGCGGCAGAGUUUGAAUAGGUUCAUCAUGGCUGCCAAGAUGGACGACGAGCAGGCGCUGCUGUCCUGUAUGCAGGAAUUCCAGAGCCACUUCAUCAGUCAGAGCAGCAAGGAGCAUUCCAUCCAGGAGGAGAGGGAUGCGUACAAGGAGUCUCUGAAGGAUCUCGCAGAGGUUUGGGCGAGAAAAUACAGAGAAGGAGAGAUGAUGAUUGCGAAGUCUCUGGAAUUCAGAAAAGAUGUGAAGUGGCAGAACAAACGCAUCGAGGAGAAGCAGGAGGACCUCCUGCAGGAGACCGCCAAGCUGCAAGACACCCGGCAGCAGUGUGAGGAGCUGGCCGAGCGCAUCCAGAAGUUACGGGAAGAGAUAAACAAGAGGAAGGAGUCGGCGCUGGUCAGUAAAAAAAUGAACAAAGAAAAACUGAAGGAACUUGGGAAAUCUGCAGCGUUAUUUAAAGAUCGCCUGGGACUGGAGAUCCGGAAAAUUCGUGGUAACAAGCUGCAAUUUGUCUUCCGCUGCAUUAACCCGAAGGACCUGGAGGAGCCAUUCUCCUGCAUCAUUUCCUUCACUGAGGAAGGAGACUAUAAGCUUGAAGGCUGUGAUCCGCCAUUGGAGUGUAUUGCAGAGUACGAGAAGAAACUCCGGGAGACCAAGAACUUCUCGGCAUUGCUCGCCAACCUGCGCAAAUCCUUCGCCGCACUGUGUGCUCAAGCAAAAUAACCUGUGUGUUGUGUGUGUGUGUGUACUGUAUACAUUUCUGUGUUUCUUUACCCCGUCUGUGUUAUGUUUUUAAAGUUGUAAUACAGUUGUUUUUUUAUCACC